UCGUACUAAAAUGUCAACUGGAAAUGUCAAAACAAAAUCCGUAAUUUUGUUGUAACACAUAUUGCAAUAAUAAUUUCUAAUUAAUUAUAAAGCUUUUUCUGGAUUUAACUAUAAUUAUGUUUAGGGUGCGACGCAUAAAGACUUGUAGUCAAGGAACAUAAGGUGCACUGGCAGCAGGCUUUGUUAUUUUUGGUGAACUAUUUUUGUCCGCUCUACAUUCAGUGCAUUGGAAUAAAUUUGACAUCCAGGAAAAGAAUGUUCUUCCUAUAUGGAGCGUAGCAAGUGGCGUGUGAUAUGGUGAUGGCGGCGGGCGGCAUGGGCGACGCGCGCGAGCGGCUGCCGGCGCUAUGGCGGCGGAUCGAGGACGCGCACUACAGCUACUUGGAGACGGAUGACAGCCCCGAGAAAUUACAUCAGAGGAAGAAGCUGGAGGGCUACAUAAUGGAGUACCUGUCGAUCGUGCCACACGAAUGCAAGUUCGGUCUUGCGGAGACCGGCAAGGUGUUCCAGCGGACAAUAACGGAGCUGUCUCAGUUCAGCGCGUACCGCGCCGGACAGGGCUGGGCCGCGAUCGCGCGAUACGCGGCCAACCUGCUGGCGCAGCCCUGGCGCUUAGAAUACCGAAAUAUACGGUUAUACAGCGGGUUCUACAAGCACGAGGUGGAAGCGCACAUGGUGGGCGCGGAGAGCCUGCUGCAGGCCAUGGGGUACCGCCCCGCGGGGCCGGGGAGGCUGGCGCUCGAGGGGCCCGUGUGCCCCGACAUGGCCGCCGCCAUCUGCAGGGACGCCAUCAUCGCGCAGUGCGAGUGCCAGAUAAUGGCAUCGGUAUGGGAGGCGGUGUGGAGCGGCGGCGGGCGGUGCACGUGGGCGUCGGUGGCGCGCGAGCGAGCGGCGUGCGCGGGCGGCGCGGCGGCCAGCGCGGCCAGGCUGCUGGCGCCCGCGCAGGGGCCGGGGCAGGAAAUCUACUCAAACAUCCCCGUGACUGUACCGCUCGAGUCCCCCUCCGACCUGCCCACCCCCGUGCUACCCUACAUGUUCCCCCCAAUGAUGUACCCCGACAUGAACAUGGCCAACGUGAACAUGGCGAUGCCUCCAGUGCCAAUGAUGACGUAUCCGGUGCCCUACUUCUAUCCGGUGCAGGCGCCCUAUAUGAUCCCUACGCCUAUGUACGCGCCCAUUAAACAUGCGAAUAAUGUGCCGGUCAAUGGAUAUCCGCCUCACUACAGGUACCCAGCAGUGCCAACAGCUCAACUCAUCGAACUAGACACCCCCUCCAUCUACGAAAACGGAAAAUACGACAGGCACAGAGACGACGAUCGACACAAGAAAAGCAGGCAGAUAGAAUGCUCUAGAAGAAACAGCACAUCCAAAUCAGGCUUCAGCGAUGUCUCCCUACCAAGCUUACCGCGAUCUGAUACCCAACCGGCCUUAAGUAAAGCCAGGGAAGACGGCAUGGGAACUUAUGAAAGCUGGGACUAUGUUUUCAGGAAUUUAUCCAGCAAAAAUCAAGAAGAUGACAGCAGGAGCCGAUUCUCACCAUCCCUAGACAGAGAUUCCAGGACACUGGAUAGGUUAGACAGAGAGGAACGAAGGGUCAAAUACCAGCCAACAACUUUGGACUUAGAGGAUGGUCUACAAGCAUUACACCUCGACCGGUCCUAUGAUGAACAAAUGUAUAGAACGGCGAAAGUAAAUGAGAAUUUAAUGAGGUUAAAGCAAGAACAGGAACAGAAGAGAGCGAAGCAACUAAAGAAGCAGACGGAAGAAAAGAAGAUUAGGAAAUCUGAGCCUAUAGGUAAUCCAAGCGCAGAUGCACUUAUAACGCCUAAAACAGCGCCUGAUAAAGUAAGGUUACUAACUAAGAAAGAUGUCAAAGAUAGGAAGGAUGUGAUAAAGCAGCAGAAUUCCGUGAAUGGGUCGGUGUCAAGUGUGACAGAGGUAAAGAAGGUGAAGAAACCGGUCAGGCCUGUGGAAGAGAAGCCGAGGAGUAAACCGUACGAGAAUGGGCACGCUACGUCCCAUACCAAAUCUAAUUCAGUUUCAAGCACAACACCGAACUACGACUUGAAAGCACAACUUAUAGUAUCCCUUGACGAGACGGACACGCGGCCUUCACCCCCGAAACAGAACGGGGAAAGACCGGCCAGCCGGGCGGAGUCGCGGGCUGAAGAUAAACAGGAACGGUGGCAGUGUGGGACCUGUACAUACCUGAACAAGGCCAGUUUGCAGGCGUGCGAGAUGUGCGGUAAAUCAAAGCGCGGCCCCUCCAUCCAGCCGCUGCAGUCCGGCGGGCGCGAGUGCCCCGCCUGCACGCUCGUCAACGCGCGCGCCGCCGGCGCCUGCGACGCGUGCGGCACCAGCCUCGACCACUGCCCCACCUACAUAUAGGCGCGGUGAGACAUCACGCUACUCUACUCUACACUACUCUACAGCGUUAGCUAAAUUUCAUAGAUCUCUGCUGCGUCACGUUGAUCAGUCUUAAUUGUGGCUGGUGCAACUCGCCCUUAGACACAACAGACGGGGCCUCAAGAGCUGGCAGCCACUUUUGCGAAUGCCGCCGAAAAACAGUCUUGCGAUUAAAAAUCGCGUUAUUGCCCCCAAACGGCAAUAUUGGUUCGAUACACAUCGGACCCAUAGUCUAACAAACGCCAAUUUACUAAUUUACUUACCAUUUUUUACGAUACUUUUAAGAUUUUUUUAAGCGCGCUUGCAAAAUCGUAACAUUUAAAGUUUUACCAUAUGUACAUGUAGGCUUUAAAAAUUCUGUUAUAGUAACUUUUUUUAAACCGACUGUUCCGUUUGAAUAUAUAUACCUACAUUUAUCUUGCCUUAUUAGCAUUUAACUGUACCUUACGUAAAUCUUCGUGUUUCUUUUCUUGUACUUCGUUUGUAAUGCAAUGCAGGGCGCGUAGCCAACGUGACAAUCGUUAACGCUCCGUAGCGUAUCGUAGUCAUCCCUCUCUAUCACUCUUCCCUACUAGUGCGGAAGUGACAGUUGCGUUUCGUUCGCUACGGAGCGUUAACGAUUGCACGUUGGCUACGCACCCAGCGUUGCGUUGUGCGCUGUGCGUAAGAUGCGUCCAGAUCGAUUCCCUAAUAUUCGCUGGAUCUGCACGCAUCCUUAUCUGAGUAUCAAUAGUAAUGCAACUAUAAUGAGUGCAGCAACUGAUAAACAACAGUUAUUUGUUUUCAAUUUAUGCAGCUAUUAGUUUUCAAGCAGUUUUUAAACUCUAGUGCAACUAAUGUAGUUUACAAUCAUUUGGUUAUUUUUUAAUCAGGCAUUUAGCAUGACAUUUAGCAACGUUGGCAAAACGCCAGACCUUUUACUGGGAUUCACAUUAAUCAUGCUAGUAAAACAAUUUAUGGUACAUUUAUAUGUUACGAUGUUGCAUCAUAAAUGACUAAGAGCAGUCCCGUUGCUGUCACCUGCUUCAACUAGCAUAUCAAGAGCUGCGCGCGCGCACGUGCAUUCAAAUUAGACUCUAAUCCCAACGCAUUAGAUGCAUAGUCACGUGCGCUCGCGAGUCGAGAACUUUUACCAUUGCCUUUCUAUGUAUAGCAUUUAUAUUUAUCUACGUUCUUACCUUAAAAAUUAAUUAAGUCUCUUGCGUGAGAAAUUGAACCCUUAAAACUUUAUAGGAUGUUAUGGUGUGUUACAUUAUAUUGUAGUUACUCAGAUGUUGAAUUAAAUUUGCUCAUAUGGCCUAUGUAUAAAAAUGCUGAUAAUUGGUAUGUCAUUGGGUUUUUUUUUGCUAUGCUCGUGGAUUUUAUUUUACAUUGCUAUCGCUCAAAGAUAUGAAUGUUUGUUUCUUACGGGAUUUCCUAUGACGUUUUAUUUUGUUAAUACCGAAAUAAUGCCACCCUUAUGCUUGAUUUGAAAGGUUAUAAGAAUACCUUAGCCUUAUAUAUAAAAGUAACAGAUAUUCUCGUAUAUCAAGUCAAGAAUAGUUAUUUGUGCAACAAGAGAGGAAAGUUAGUUUUUCUUGUGAGUGUUUAUUUUGAGUCCCGAGAAAGCGAAAGAUGCUAUAAUUGAAUCACGAGCGAAGCGAGUGAUUCUAAGUUAGAAUCUUGAGCGUAGCGAGGGACUUAAAAACACGAGAUGUAAAAUAACUUUGCUCUCGUGAUGCACACAUAAUUUUUCACCUCAGUAGUGAGAACAUAUUACAGGUUAAAGUGUAUUUCGAAUUACACAGAAUAAUACAGAAAAACAAAAAAAAACAAUUUGUAAUAGAAGUAUGAAGUGGCAGUUCAUGGCCUUCACUAAAUUAAAAAGCUUUAUUGUUUCACUCCAUGGAGUGAAGAAAGUCGCACUUUCCUCACUCCAGGGAGUGACGAAAGUAGGCUUGUUCGAGCUGCUGAGGUGAAAAUGUAUGUGUGUGAUGAUGAUACGUUACAUUAUAGGUACCCUACCAAAAAUCAACAUUUGUAUGCAAUUGUCCACAAUAUUAAUUUCGGCUCAGAGUUUUCAGAGGCUAUAACAAUUCGAUUUAAUAUAGAUUAGUAAAAGCGAUUUAAUACGAUAUUAAAAAAAAAAGUAUUUAUUUCAUUUAUUUAAUACAGGGUAAACGAAUAUAAAUUAUAAAACUAGACAUUUGAUGUUAUACGAUUAUUAUUUAACCGAAAGUCACGAUAUGAUAGAACUAUUGGAAUAUUCAGAAGAACAACAUUACGAUUGUUUAUAUUGCGAUAAGCUAUCAUUAGAGACAAGUAUUCAUUAAGAACUAUCACCUUCCAAACUAUGUCUUGUGCCUCGUAAUUCUUGUAGAUGGUGCCACCAAAAGGGCAAAACAUUUACAGCUAAGUGCUCUACAUAGUCUCUUCACACAACAGAUGAGGCAUGCGACUUUCGGAAAUUGAUAGUUUGUAUUAUGUACUAGUCUCAGCUAUCAUAAUAUUACUGUAAUAAUAGUGUUCGUUUAUUCGCCUUCUAAAAUGCUUUAAUGUUAGUUGGAGAUUAGAUAAUGCUUUUAUUUUUGUUUUUAAUAAAUUAUUGAUCUGUGUAUAUAACUGUUAGAAUUUGUAAAUAGUAGAUUUUAAAGUAUAUUUAUUUAGAGCGCAUUUUCUAAUAUGUUAAAGAUGAUUAAUCUAUUAGCGUACCUAAUAAACUGUUGCUAAUAAUUAGUGCCCAGGAACAGGGUGAAUUAACGCACAUAGAGGUAGCAAGAUGAAGUAUUUAUUUUAAAGUCUUAGACAACGUAAAAAAAUUAUAAAAAAGAAAUACAGAAGGUAGCGGUUUUGACCAGGGACCGAAUUCUUAUCUUAAUUAACCGGUAAAGGGAUAAGUUCGCCUUAACUUAGCUUAGCUUAUACUUAGUUUUUCCUACUUGUAAGUUACUUGUAUUAUAUGGUUUUUUUUUACAAUAAAGAGCCUACUAUUAAACCGGUUUUAUAUUCGGUGUCUAUUAAAGAAGAUUUGUUUUUUAAUCGAAUAAUCCGAUACUUAUUAAUGUCAUCUAAAUAUUUUUUUGAUUCAUCCAAACAUUGGACGAUAAUCUAAAUUUAACGAAACCGGUAUUUAAUAUUGUCUUCUGUAUUCGGUAUUGUGUUUAUUUCAUGAAAACCGGUAUUGUUACUAAGCGCCACUUGCACUAUCCCACUUACCCGGGGUUAACCGAUUAAACAGUUAACCCAGUGUCAAAUUGUACUGGUAACCAUGGUAACUCCAGGUUUAACCGGUUAACCCCGGGUUAGUGGGCUGGUGCAAGUGGCCCUAAUGGUCCCUGAUAACUAACACACUUUUACUACCAAUAUGUGCGGUUUUUCGCCCUAUUUCCGGGUUAAUAAUAAUAAUAAUGGGGUAACGUAACAUCAUUUUGAGGGUGCAUAAAUAUUGUUAAACACUAAAUGUAAUUUUAUCAUCACGUUUUAUACAAAAUAACUAUUAUGCCUUUAGGCGAGUAGAGGUUCUCAUGCCGGAUAUGUUCUAUUGGCAACUACAAUUGAAGCACAGAUAAAGUAAUGCAUAAAACUAUAGAUUUUCAUUUUCUAAUUCUAAAUUAAAAUAAAUGCAAAAUACAUAAUUUUCAAGGUUGUUUAUAAGGUAAAGUUUACACUUAGUCCGUUUAAGGGUGGUGUUCCACCUAUCAAAUUACCAAGAUAUUGGACAGAUACCAUCUUAAGCUGUCUUCACCAAGUUGUCAUGGACAAAGAGUUAGCUUAAUACGGCCUGUAUAUCGCUCCGAGUGCAUACUAUUUGUUAUGUCGAUCCAAGCCACUUUUAUUUAAAACGUACGUUAGACAAUAUAUUAAAAAAAACCUGUUUACUACUUUAAUCUGGCUAAAACGUUGCUAACAGGACAUACCCGUAGGAGCCACUGCAGAUUAGUAUCUGCGUUAAAUCCUAUGCACAGUGUAAACAUAACAUAGCGGUCAUGUAUGGCGGUCAACGCACUAUGGACGUGUAUUUUUCUAAUAAAAAGUAGAUUUUCUCAUGCGACAAGUCUGGUGGAGCAAGUGCCUCCGGCUAACACCUCUAAAACUAGCGAAUAAGAGAUAGGUACUUGCCCUAAUCUCAGGGAAAGUGCACGCACCUCCCGUUUUAAAGGACGCAAGUUCCUUUGGCUGGUAUGACACUUGCACCACGAUAUCAUACAUUUAUUAAAGGCGUGCUUGAAAUUGAAUUGCGUUUAGUUGAUCGAACGACGUUACGAGUAAAUUCAUUGUUGUAAUAGGUCAGAGGAAAUGACGUUUUGCAGAUAGAAAGAAGUAUGUCUAAAAUAAUAAACUAUUGUUUUACUA